AUGACAACAGAAGUUAAUAGCACAACAGAAAAAACAUCUACGGAAGAUAAUAACACGAUGGUCUACACAAUGACAGAAUAUAAUAACACAACGGACUACAUAACAACGGAAGUGGAUACAACAAGAGACUUUUCUUCCACAGAAGAUUUUAAAACAACGGAUUUUACAUCAACGGAAGAUUACAAUACAACAGACUUUACAUCGACUGAUACAAUAGACUUAUCAUCGACGGAAGUUUUUAACACAACGGACUUUUCAUCCACCGAGGAUUAUAACACAACUGACUUUACACCCACUGAGGAUUAUAACACUACGGACUUUACAUCCACUGAAGAUAAUAACACAACGGACUUUACACCCAUAGAGGAUUAUAACACAACGGACUUUACAUCCACCGCGGAUUAUAACACAACAGGCUUUACAUCCACCGAGAAUAAUAACACCACGGACUUUACACCCACAGAGGAUUAUAAAACAACGGACUUUACUUCCACCGAGGAUUAUAACACAACAGACUUAACAUCCACCGAGGAUUAUAACACAACGGACUUUGCAUCCACUGAGGAUUAUAACACAAUGGACUUUACAUUCACCGAGGAUUAUAACACUACGGACUUUACAUCCACUGAAGUUUAUAAAACUACGGACUUUUCAUUCAACGCGGAUUAUAACACAACGGACUUUACAUCCACCGAGGAUUAUAACACUACCGACUUCACACCCACAGAGGAUUAUAACACAACGGACUUUACAUCCACCGAGGAUUAUAACACAACGGACUUUACAUCCACCGAGGAUUAUAACACAACGGACUUUACAUCCACCGAAAAUUACAACACAACGGACUUUACAUCCACUGAGGAUUAUAACACCAUGGACUUUACAUCCACUGAGGACUAUAACACAACAUCGCACACACAACAUAAAACUACGGACUUUUCAUCCACCGCGGAUUACAACAUGACACAUUUUACAUCCACCGAGGAUUAUAACACCACGGACCUUACACCCACAGAGGAUUAUAACACAACGGAUUUCAUAUCAACUGAGGAUUAUAACACUACGGACUUUACAUCCACUGAGGAUUAUAACACUACGGACUUUACAUCCACUGAAGAUUAUAACACUACAGACUUUACAUCCACUGAGGAUUAUAACACUACAGACUUUACAUUUACUGAGGUUUAUAACACUACGGACUUUACAUCCACUGAAGUUUAUAACACUACAGACUUUACAUCCACUGAGGAUUAUAACACUGCAGACUUUACAUCCACCGAGGAUUAUAACACUACGGACUUUACAUCCACUGAGGAUUAUAACACCAUGGACUCUACUGAGAAUUAUAACACUACAUCCACUGAAGUUUAUAACACUACGGACUUUACAUCCACUGAGGAUUAUAAAACUACAGACUUUACAUCUACUGAGGAUUAUAACACAGCGGACUUUACAUCCAUGGAGGAUUACAACACUACGGACUUUACACCCACAGAGGAUUAUAACACUACGGACUUUACAUCCACCAUGGUUUAUACCACCACGGACUUUACACCCACAGAGGAUUAUAACACUACGGAAUUUACAUCCACCGAGGAUUAUAAGACCACGGACUUUACAUCCACUGAAGUUUAUAACACUACAGACUUUACAUCCACUGAGGAUUAUAACACUAUAGACUUUACAUCUACUGAGGAUUAUAACACUACAGACUUUACAUCGACAGAGGAUUAUAACAUAACUGAUUCCACAACAACAGAAGUUUACAACACAACAGACUACUCAUCAACCGAGAAUUAUAAUGUCACGGACUCUACGACGCCUGAAAACACACCAAAAUCUCAUAAUACAACAACAGAGGAUUCUGCUGCAAAUUCUACCCCAACAGUCAAUGUGGUCACUACGCUUAAUGCACUGGAUUUGGUUGGGAAACCGACAGUCAUCCUAUCCCCUGAGGUCGUUGCCGAUCGACAGCUUUCUACAGACGGUACUAGAUUCGAGCCUGUGAUGAUCUGUCUCUUCUCGAAGCCCUUGUCCGGUCUUUUUUACAACCUUAAAUGGUUUAUCAACAACAAUCUUUUGGAGAAAGCUUUAUUUGAUGACGUGGCCGAGGCUGACCUUAACACAACAGUACUCCGUCCUUCGCAUUGGACACACCGCUAUAGCAUGAACAUGGAUGUAAAAUGUUCAGUGAGCGCCCAGUACGUGAAAUGCAGCCCUGCUGGAGAUUCAUUUAAAAGUUCAUCCUUUUUCGCAGGCAUAAAGUUCAGUACAACAUGGACCACUGUUGAAGAAGGAGAAACCGUUUCUGUGUCGGUCACAAGUACGCUUCCGCUUGGCUGCUCUGCCUCCAUGACAGAUUCUGAGAAAGAGGCUAAAUGUAAGGGGAAUCUUCACAUCCGCUCCCUGGAUUGGCGUUGGUGUCGGAAUGGUAUCACAAAUUUGAAUGUAGCAUUUCCAGAUAAUGGCUGCAUGUUGUCCUUUCCGUACAAGUACUGGAGAGAACCCGUUCAACUUAACAUCACAGGGUACGUAGAUGGAAGACGCAACUGGUGGAGGCGAUACGGACGAAUAAAGCUGGAAUCUUCCACAAACCCAACAGAUGUUUCUAACGCCUGGAAUAAUAUCAAUGUUCCACAGACUAUAUGGGUAUCUGUCUAUGAUAAAUCCGACUAUGGAGGACACUACUGCUAUUCCUUCAGUGAUCCGUACCUCUAUACCUUUGAUCGUCGUUUUUAUUCCAACCAGAGAAUUGGAGAAUUCGUCAUGUACCAGCAUAAAAAGUUGCCGUAUUCUGUCCAUGUCUUAUACUCUUCGUGCUUUCCUUGGAGGAGAGCUUCCUGCGCAUGCGGUGUUGCAAUUAGAAGCGGAAGUAGCUUGUAUGUUGUUCGCACCUGCGUAGAAAUAUCAUACCGACGAAGAAAACUCAAGAGAAUUCCUUUUGAAAUGUACAGCGGCUGUAAUGAAGACGAAAUGGUGGUGCAGAAAACCUAUUCCUGGUAUAGGGUAACGCUGGGAAGUGGCACUGAGAUUGGAUUCUACAUUAACAGAAGGUCUAGAUGGAUCACGUCUAUCCAAAUAGUGUCCUCUACCCUGGACGCCCAGAACGUAGAGGGCAUGUGUGGGAACUAUAAUGGCAACCGGUAUGACGAUUUUAUCCCGAGGGGAGAGUCCAGCUCAACCUGGAACAAGAACAAAUUCACUCUGUCUUGGAGGGUUACUUGGAGAGACAGUCUUUUUGCAAAGAACCCAAGGGCUCUCUCCGGUGAUGGAUCAGUUUCCAAGACUGAUCCUGUUUAUCUCACAAAAUUUUGCACGUGUUCCUCGUACUGGAGUGUUCGAAGUUCUUACAGUUGGAACUAUGCCAAAUGUAACCUAGAAGCUCCUACAGAACCCUGCUCUAGAGGCGUCAGACAGGUCGUGAACGUCUGCUCACAGAACCGAAGGAAACGUGAUACGGUAGACUCUGAUGACGUCAUGGAUGACGAGGAGGAAGAGUUCGGCUACGACCCAGAAUACAACGACACAAUAGAACUUCCUGAGGCCACAUGGACAAACGGUUGGAAUGAGACAUCAGCCACGGACUACUGUAACAAGACAUUUGCCCUUGACCCCGUUGUAUCCUUCUGUAUAGAGCAAGUCAACACCAGCAUAGCAAAGUAUAUUAAUGGCUGUAUAAGUGAUAUUGAGAAAAUAGGCAACACAGACUUUGUGGAGGCAACACUGGACACUCUAAAAAAAGAAUGUGUAACGACCGCGUCACGUGACGAGAGUUUCCAAAAGUCCGAUAACUCUAGUUCUAACAGUACAGAUGGCGACGGUAUCAGUGUCCUGGACAUGUUAUCAACCAUGGUUUGUCCAAAUAACUGCUCACAGAAAGGGACCUGUGUCAACGAGACUUGUCUGUGUAAUGAGGGCUACAUAGGGGAUGACUGUUCCUCACAGCUGUCGGUCCCUCCCUCUGAUCUCUCCGUCCCCGAGCACGGGCUCUGUGACACCAGUAAACGGGCAUGUAGGAAAACAAACGUGGUGGGAACUUUUAAUUCCGAAAAUAUUAUUGCCCAUUUGACGUACUUUCAGUCGACAAGCAACGGUAUGGAUAUACAAGACUACUCUGUAUCUACAAAUGUCACAUAUCGACAUAUGAACCUCGUUACUGUUUCACUUCCGGAUUCUCCAUCCUCACGCAGGCGCAAACGGUCUGCCGGAAGUAACAUAUAUGGUUGGAUAAUCAAGCUAAGUUAUGACGGAACUUCGUUUGGAAACUCGACCACAAUCCUUCUGUUUAACAGUGUGACCGAAAGUUGUGAAGCGACGACUCUGAUAUGUACAGUAAAGCCCGGUUUUGCAAAUAAUACAAGUUUGCCACAGACAGAGCCUGAUAAUCUGCUGCUAUACAUCGGUAUAUCUGUAGGAGGCGUGGUAUUCCUUGUCAUUGUGGCCUUUAUAGUGUAUAUUAAAACACGCAAAAAAGAGCUGCAUCAUAAGAGAAUUAGUAGGGUUUAUCCGGAGGAAGGUUCCAGUCGUGUGUUUGUCAGAAGAAAGCCUCCCCAAACAGAUCCAAGACCAUUUGACUUUUCCUGAAUCGAAAACACCAUGAGAGAGAGUGACAUUGAUAAUAAAUGUUUGUCGGCAUAUGCAAGAUUUCAGUAAUUUAACGCAGCCAACUUUUGGCCAAGAACUCAGUUUUGAUACAAAAAGCAUUAACGUUAAUGAAGUUUAUUUUUUAAAUGUUUUUGUUGCAGUUAUGCUUAAAUCCAAAUAAUUGUUCUCCUUUUAAAUUGUUUUAUGUUUUUUGUAUUUCUUUUUAUUCAUCGAAUCAGAUUUGUUAAAUUUUCAAACUGUUUUACGUUAUCUUAUUACUAAGGUUAAAAUUAUGAGUGAUUAAACAAUUGUUGCAGUA